CGCGCAUUGACUUGCUGUAGGGCUUGAUUUACUGAGUGUGUUGAGACAGGCUCCCACCAAAGCUACCAUGACAAAGAAAGAUGCCUUCAAGAAGCUAAAAGACAUCUAUUUCAAAAAAGCUGAGUCCACGUUGCCGGUAGCGGCGGGUACCAUUGUAAGUGGAAUCCUUUAUGGAGCGGAAUAUCUGAUGGAGAAAGAGAUUCCGUGUCCCCGUGACCUUCAACUGAAUGUUCGCCACACAGUCCUCGCUUUCUUUGCCCCGGCGGCCUCGCUGUUUCUGAUCAGUCUGCUGGUGUUACCCGAUGCGCGGAAAGUGGUGACUUGCCGGGUCAGCUUUGAAUCCCCGAGUACCUGCAGAUGCCAGUGUUGUCAAAAUUGCGCGGCGAGUAACUUCGGCACCUGCAUGAGGGUGUUUUACUUUUGCCUGUACACACUGCUGAAAGUAUUGUUCCCAUCCAUCCUGUGGAUCGUCAUUCUCUUCGCGGACGGGGAUUACUACGCCUGUGCAAAUUUAAAGGAAGAGUACUGGAAGACGAACAUUCAGAAUUACAACGUCUCUUGCGCUUCCAUUCCCAAACUAAUCCCGUCCGAGCUCAGCAAACUUUGCGUAGAUUCGCAGAUAAUCGGCGGCAUUUUACUGGUGUUAACCCUGUCUGUGCUGGUCGUUCUUCACUUUCUUCCUGGGUGUAUUUGUUCUGAGGAGCAACAAGCAAAGGCCGGGGAAGAUGUAGAAAUGGAGAUGAUGUAGAGACUGGGAAACCCACAGCAGUGUCCGAAAACAGGCGGAGAAUGGACGUUAGCGCAAAACAGUCCAAAACUUCCCAAUAUGAGACGGAUGGAUCUGCAUGUGUUGUGCAAUGUGCUGAGGCUGGGAUGACCCUCUUGCUCCCUCCUCCGGACGAUUCCGAGGAACAAUCCGCCCACUGAAAGUGCAUCCGGUUCCUGUGGCCAGGAACAGCUCAAGAUCUUGGGAAUUAAAAUUGCCCUGAAAUUGAAAUGGUUCAGAAGAGUUAUACAUAUAUAACAUCAGUUUGAUUCCUUUCAAACCUUUUUAUUCACAGUCUCACCUCGUUUUUCUAUCAUAUUAAUCUGUUGCUUCUUGUAUUCGUGUUGUUAUUUGU